UCACAUUUCACUUUUGACACAAAUGUCUUUGAAACUCCCAAAAUCCCAUUUUUCUUACGAGAUCCCCGAACGCUACCGCAACUCCUUUUACCUCGUAAACGCCGCCUUCUUCGACCAAGUCAACUGGUACCUCCAUCGCGCCUACGAGAUCUGUUUCCCGAAACUAGUUUCACAAGUGAAAAACCACGAACCGAACCUAACCGAUUCUCAAGCGGUUCGAAAAGUGUCUCAAGUGAUCGAAAUUUUGGACCAGUGUAACUCCCUCAUCGAUGUCCGGUUCCCCAUCCAGCUUGAGAAUGGUACCAAGGAGAUGGUACGUGGGUUCCGGGCCCAACAUGGCUUGUAUUCCGGGUUUGGUACUUGUUUGGGUGGUUUGAGGGUGAAACAGGACUUGACACGUGACCAUGUCAAAGCUUUGGCGACUUUAGCGACUUAUAAACAUGCUUGUAUGGGGGUGAGACUUGCUGGGGGGCAUGGGGGGGUCAAAAUCAACCCCCUGAAUUACAAACCAAUUGAAUUGCAAAGAAUCACGAAGAAAUAUGCGGCUGAACUGUACAAGAAGGGGUUUUGUGAUGGAGAAACGGACAUCAUUGAGCCUGAUACCAACGUUGGGGAACGCGAAAUGGCGUGGAUCGCCGCCAUUUUUCCGCAGGAUUAUGAGAAAGUUAUGGUAGCUGGCAAGCCUGUCGAACUUGGGGGAAUUAAGAAUUACGAGAAAAUGACAAGUCAGGGGAUUUUUUUUGCUUUAGAUUACUUUUUGAAUAACGACGACAUUUUGGAACGGAUUGGAAUGUCAAAAGGGGGACUCGAACACAAGACUUUUAUCAUUCAGGGCUUGGGCAAGUUGGGCGGUGCUUUGGCCAAAUUUUUGGAGAAUUGUGGCGCCACCUGUGUUGGAAUCAAAGAACAAGAAGUUUUCAUUUACGACACUGGGGGUAUAGACGUCCAGAGCGUUUUAGACCACAAAAAAUCCAACGGUGGUUCAAUCCAGAAUUACACCAACGCAAAACCCGUUUCAAACGAUAACAUUAUUUUCAAAGAACCUUGCGACAUCUUGAUUCUCGCAGCCGAACAAAAAAGUCUAAUUUGUCACAUCGCUGAUAAGAUUAAAGCCAAAGUGGUGGUCGAAGCCGCAAAUGGGGCUAUCACACCAACAGCUCACCGGAUUUUAACAGGAAGAAAAAAAUUAAUACUUCCAGAUAUUUAUGUCUCUUCGGGGCAUUCGAUCGCCUCUUAUUUGGAGUAUUUGGUUCAUUUGAAGCGAAAUGGGGUUGAGUUUCCGGUUUUGAGACAUUUGUAUUGGAAUAUUUUGGAUUACUUUGGGGCUGAGAAGGUCAAAGGGCAAGUGGUGUCGACGGCUACUACGCAGAAAAUUCUUUGUUGUGAGGUGAAGCCGGACAUUUUGUGUUAUGGGAUCGAGCAUGUAAUGGCGGAGACGGGAAAAGAAUUGAUUGAAAUUGCUAAAGAAUUUGGAAUUGGUUUAGAUUUGAGGACAGCGGGGUAUAUUAAGGCCGUUCUGAGUAUACACAACUCGAUUUACGAAGCAAAAAAGUACUGAUUUUGUAAAUUCGAAAAUUUGAUAAAUAAUUACU